AUGCUCCACUUCAGCGGCGCUGAGGACCUCCGCCAGCGCGUCGUGCUCGCCACCCUCGCGCGGCGGCAGAUCCGCAUCACCGGCAUCCGCGCCGAAGCGGUGGCCGGCGCGGAGGAGGGCGCCGUCGGGCUGUCGGACGCCGAGGCGUCCUUCUUGCGGCUUGUGGAGAAGGUGGUGGACGGGUGCGAGAUCGCUAUCAACGAGACGGGCACCGAGCUCCGCUACCGGCCCGGCAUCCUCGUCGGCGGCGCGGGCCUCGUCCACGACUGCGGAAAGGCGCGGGGCGUCGGCUACUUUGUCGAGCCGCUGCUCGCUCUCGCGCCCUUCGCGAAGCGCGACCUGCAGAUCACCUUCCGCGGGCUGACGAACCACGCUCACGACGUGGGCGUCGACGUGCUCCGCUCCGCCUCCCUCCCCCUCCUCAAGCGGUUCGGCAUCGAGGGCGAGAUGGCGCUGCAGGUGGUGCGGCGGGGGGCGCCGCCCUCAGGCGCCGGCGACGGCGUUGGCGAGGUGGUGCUGAAGCUGCCUGCGGUGCGGACGCUGCACCCGCUUCACCUCACCGACCCGGGAAGAGUCAAGCGGGUGAGAGGGCUCGCCUAUGGCUCGCGUGUCUCGCCGCAGAUCCUGGCGCGCGUGGUCGAGGCGGCGAGAGGCGAGAUCGAGCCGAGAUCGAGCCGAGAUCGAGCCGCGGGGGCGGGCUACGCGGUCUGCCUCGUCGCCGAGUCGACCAACGGAGUGCUCCUUGCUGCGGAGGCGACGGGCGGCGGCGGCGCGGACCCCGAGGAGGUUGGCGCCGCCGCCGCGUCGCAGCUGAUGGAGGAGGUUGUGCAGGGGGGCGCGAUCGACGCGGCGCACCAGCCGCUCGCGCUGCUGCUGAUGGCGUUUGGCGCGCAAGACGUCUCGCGGCUCCGCACGGGCCCGCUCUCCCCCGCCGCCGUGUCGCUGCUGCGCGGCCUCGACACCUUCCUCGGCGUGCGCUGCCACAUGACGACCGAGCCCGCCGACGGCUCCGUCCUCGUCUCGUGCCGCGGCGUCGGCUUCUCAAACGCCGCGAAGAGUGUGAUCUGA